AUGUCGUCCCCGGCGUCGACCCCGAGCCGCCGCGGCAGCAGGCGUGGACGGCCCGCCCCCGCGCAGACGCCUCGAGGUGAGGACGCCAGGUCGCCUCCACCUCCGAGACGCGGAGGCGAGGACCCCACCUCCACCGGAGAGCUGCAGCCGAUGCCCACCUCGCCCACAGCGGACCUGCAGAGCCCCGCGGCGCAAGACGCGCUGUUUUCCAGCCCCCCGCAGGUGCAUUCUUCAGCCGUUCCUCUUGAGUUUGAUGUUAGUUCACCGCUGACAUAUGGCACUCCCAGCUCGCGGGUAGAGGGAACCCCAAGGAGUGGUGUUAGGGGCACCCCGGUGAGGCAGAGGCCUGACCUGGGCUCUGCACGGAAGGGUUUGCAGGUGGAUCUGCAGUCUGAUGGGGCAGCAGCAGAAGACAUAGUGGCAAGUGAGCAGUCUCUAGGCCAAAAGCUUAUUCCCGAAUGCAUUAAGCUUAAUAUUUUUUCUCUCUACAUCAAGAGAUUUCUUCCGCGUUUUAUUGACCCUCUGGCUAAAGAAGAAAAUGUUGGCAUAGAUAUUAUUGAACCUCUGUACAUGCAACGACUUGGGGAGAUUAAUGUUAUUGGAGAGCCAGAAGUAAUACCAACUUUUGACAUGGCUGUCAAUGAGAUCUUCUUUGACCGUUAUCCUGACUCAAUCUUAGAACAUCAGAUUCAAGUAAGACCAUUCAACGCAUUGAAGACUAGGAAUAUGAGAAACCUGAAUCCAGAAGACAUCGACCAGCUCAUUACCAUCAGUGGCAUGGUGAUCAGGACAUCCCAGCUGAUCCCUGAGAUGCAGGAGGCCUUCUUCCAGUGCCAAGUGUGCGCCCACACGGCCAGGGUGGAGAUAGACCGUGGCCGCAUUGCCGAGCCUUCUGCCUGCUUGCGCUGCCACACCGCCCACAGCAUGGCACUCAUCCACAACCGCUCCCUCUUCUCUGACAAGCAGAUGAUCAAGCUUCAAGAGUCUCCUGAAGAUAUGCCUGCAGGGCAGACACCUCACACUGUCAUCCUUUUUGCUCACAACGAUCUUGUUGACAAAGUUCAGCCUGGGGACAGAGUGAAUGUUACAGGCAUCUACCGCGCGGUGCCUAUCCGGGUCAAUCAAAGAGUGAGCAAUGUGAAGUCUGUCUACAAAACCCACAUUGAUGUCAUUCACUAUCAGAAAACGGAUGCAAAGCGUCUGCAUGGCCUCAGUGAAGAAGCAGAACAGAAACUUUUUUCAGAGAAACGUGUGGAGUUACUUAAGGAACUUUCCAGAAAACCAGAUAUUUAUGAGAGGCUUGCUUCAGCCUUGGCUCCAAGCAUUUAUGAACAUGAAGAUAUAAAGAAGGGAAUCUUGCUUCAGCUCUUUGGCGGAACAAGGAAGGAUUUUAGUCACACGGGGAGGGGCAAGUUUCGUGCUGAGAUCAACAUCCUGCUGUGUGGAGACCCUGGCACCAGCAAGUCCCAGCUGCUGCAGUAUGUGUACAACCUGGUUCCUAGGGGCCAGUACACAUCUGGGAAGGGCUCCAGUGCAGUUGGCCUCACCGCAUAUGUGAUGAAAGACCCUGAGACGAGGCAGCUGGUGCUGCAGACGGGGGCCCUGGUCCUGAGUGACAACGGCAUCUGCUGCAUCGAUGAGUUCGACAAGAUGAACAAAAGUAUAAGAUCUGUGUUGCACGAGGUCAUGGAACAACAGACGCUGUCCAUUGCUAAAGGAGGGGCCCUGACUGCACUGCUUUCUCUGAUAGGCCGGAUCAUCUGUCAGCUCAACGCACGCACUUCUGUCCUAGCAGCAGCAAAUCCCAUUGAGUCUCAAUGGAAUCCUAAAAAAACCACCAUCGAAAACAUCCAGCUCCCUCAUACGUUAUUAUCAAGGUUUGAUUUGAUCUUCCUCAUGUUGGACCCUCGGGAUGAAGCCUAUGACAGGCGUCUGGCCCACCACCUGGUGGCACUGUACUACCAGAGCGAGGAGCAGGUGGAGGAGGAGUUCCUGGACAUGGCAGUACUGAAGGACUACAUCGCCUAUGCGCACAGCGCCAUCACGCCUUGGUUGAGCGAGGAGGCUAGCCAAGCUCUCAUCGAGGCUUAUGUAGACAUGAGGAAGAUCGGCAGUAGCCGAGGAAUGGUUUCUGCGUACCCUCGACAGCUGGAAUCGUUAAUUCGCUUAGCAGAAGCCCAUGCUAAAGUACGAUUUUCAAACAAAGUUGAAGCAAUUGAUGUGGAAGAGGCCAAACGCCUCCAUCGUGAGGCUCUGAAGCAGUCUGCAACUGACCCCCGCACUGGCAUUGUGGACAUAUCUAUUCUUACUACAGGAAUGAGUGCCACCUCUCGUAAACGGAAAGAAGAAUUAGCUGAAGCGCUGAAAAAACUUAUUUUAUCUAAGGGCAAAACACCAGCUCUAAAAUACCAGCAACUUUUUGAAGACAUUCGGAGACAAUCUGACAUAGCAAUUACCAAAGAUAUGUUUGAAGAAGCUCUACGUGCCUUGGCUGAUGACGACUUCUUGACAGUGACUGGGAAAACUGUUCGCUUGCUCUAAUGCUAUAGUGAGCAGUGCUGUGCGUGACCUGUGGGCCAGUGAGCUCAGCAUACAUGGAUUCUGAAAGUCAUUAUUUGGCUACAUAAAAAUGUUCUAACCUGGGUUCAAUUCUCUCAAUGAAGUGGAUGUUUCCAUUUUUUAAAAAACAUUUAAAAUAAAAAUACUAUGCCAAUUUAUAAACAUACAGUAGAGAUCAUUUCCUUAAUUAAAGUGCUGUUUCUGAGCAGCAGCACUUUUAAUCUGUAUGUACAUACAGAUAGCAGCAUGUCAGUCUUCUUUGAAGAUGGCAGUUUAGGCCGUGGUUUUUGUGCUAGUCUUUCCAAUGGCAUUUGUGCAUAUGCUUGGGGAUACUGUAGUACGAGAUAACAGACGUGGCCGGGGCAUAUCAGUGUGAAGUGAUGCAGAUGAGAUCCUUUCUCCCUUUUAUAGCACUCAAGUGUAAUUCUUUUUAGAGGCUGUUCUCAUGGCUCCUAUUAGAUCAGGAUUGAGUGGUUGGAAAUUACUAAAUUUUAGUUUUGAUUAUUCCUACUUUAUCCUAAUAUGUAAAACUUUUUCCUAAAUAAAUGAUAGAAUAAUA